AUGGCGGCUGAACGCCAAUCAUCAACUCUGUUGCCGCCUCAGCCCAGCUACAUUCUUCGCGGCCACGCCUCGCAGAUACACAGCGUUCGGUUUGUACGCCAGAACGCUCGUCUCAUCACAGGCGACGCAGACGGCUGGGUGAUAUACUGGAAGCUCGAGACCAAGCGUGCGCUAGCCGUGUGGAAAGCUCACGACAAUGCCAUCCUGGGAACAGCAGAAUGGGGACACGAUAAGAUCCUAACUCAUGGCCGCGACAACAGUCUGAGGAUCUGGCAGAUCCGUACAUCAGAUGAGAUCUCGCUCUCAACGGCCUUGCCCGCAGAGGUGGCAGCCGCCGAUCGUCCCAUGCCCUGGCUUCUGCACACGCUGCCGGUGAACACACUCAACUUCUGCGCUUUCUCCAUGUGUCAUGUACAUACACAGGAAGAGACAUCGAACGGGCUUGUCGCAGAUGAUGAACCUCAGCCAGUGUGCAGCAGAGUGCAAUCCGCCAUCCUCGUAGCUGUCCCAGCUAGAGACGACAAGAAGGUUGAGGUGUAUCAAUUCCCCGAUGAAAGGUUGAAACAUGUGGUGCCUCGCGCCCAGUCGAAAGACACAGGAAUGGUCAUGGCCGUCAAGCUCGUACAGCAAUCCUCAAAAAAACCUACCACGGUGAUUACUGGUUAUGAGGGAGGCCUUACAGCUGUUCACAUACUACCCAGGAAUGACGACUCGUCCAUAGGAGUGGCUCGACUUGUGUAUCUCAGUCAGCCCCAUACACAGCCAAUUCUGUCAUUAGACGUUUCGCCAGAUGCCAAGACAUAUUUCACUUCGGGCGCCGAUGCUAUCAUUGCUGCUCAUCUCCUCCCAGACCUACCGCCGUUCGAGGUGGAACCUACAGUGGCUCCAUCGACAGGCGAGGAAGCUGAAGCUGAGUCAAGAGUCACGGCCUAUACGCAAAGUUUGGAUUCAGCGUCUCGAAACCUCGGUGAUGUUGUCAAUGCUGGAGAGGAAGCCAAACCAUCCAACGAAGCCGACCCAGAGCACUCCGAUAUAUCAACCAUCGACUCAACACUCUCAUUGCAAGACAGCACUUGCCCACCUCUGACAUUCACCAAACUUGCUGUUCCCGCUCCACAUACGGAACCUCAGCAAUCAGCUCUCAAAACUGGCGGUCUUUCCUCUCUUCUCUCCAGCAAACCGUCACAUCCAAUAAGCGCACGGACUGUACCUCCACCAACAUCACCUACCAUUCAGGUGCCACACAAGAUCAACAACACAAAGCAUGCUGGCCAGCAAUCCCUUUGUGUUCGCUCAGAUGGCCGGCUCUUAGCCACUGGGGGUUGGGACGCGCGGGUGCGUAUAUACAGCACCAAAACACUCAAGGAAGUGGCAGUGUUGAGAUGGCACAAGGAGGGCAUCUAUGCUGUUGCUUUUGGAGAGAUACUGGACGCUGGGAUUAUCAGACGCAGCGCAGACAAGCAUGGAGACGGAAAGGAAACAGGGGAGGUGUCCAGGAAGGAGACAGGUCUCAACCAGCUGCAGAGACAACGUGAGGAGAAGAUGCAGGUCAAGCACUGGGUUGCUGCGGGGGCCAAGGAUGGGAAGGUUAGCCUGUGGGAGGUCUUCUAG